GAUAACAUCCUCUCGUUUGGAAGGGAGAUCAUUUGUUUGGUAGCUCUUCUAGCUUUUCUUUCAAACACUUUUAGGCUUCCUCAAAAGCGUCUCGCAACCACAAAAUCAGUACACAACAGAUUGUCGAUGCGAACGCGUAAAUUGCUCGUAACGAAACCGGUCGAUCAUUGCUAUAGCUCCCGCUAUUGCCGCCGCCGCACACCAACGCCACAACCAACAUCUUCAUAUCCGCCAGUGCUAAAGGGAAAUCAAUACCAACAUACCAAAUCAAUACUUUCAACGGAACAUAUUGUGCUUUUAACAACAGCAACUGAACUCAAAUAAUUGAAGAACGGUGAAGAGCAAAGUAUAAUUAGUGGCACAAAAAAAUAGAAAGGAUGCAGUACUCAACUAGCUCAGAAAACUACUCAUCAACAUUGAGGAGUGAUUCGCCCUCUAAAUUUGGAAAUAAGGAAGAUAAAGGCUAUGCUUACAAGAAAUCGUCCUAUAAAUAUUCCAAUGCGGGCAAUAAUAAUAUAACAAGCGUGAAUAAGUCACUGGAUACAAACAUUGAUCAGUUAGAUGCAUUGCUGGAAGACUUAAAGAAUGAACGUGAAAUUACAAAAGAUAAAGAUAUUUUAUCAACUUCUGCGAAUUACAGGACAAUGGAACGGGAUCGCAUUGAACCUAGUGGCACCGUAACAAAAGCGACACGUGUCAUCAAAACGUCCCAGCGAUCAGUGCCGCACUCUGUGCAGGAUGAAAUUGAUAGUUUUUCCGCAUCAGAGUACAACACUGUAAGGUCGAACGGUUAUGCAGGAAUCCAACGAGACUAUCAGUCAAAUGAAAAGCUCUAUGGAUCAAGUAAGCACUAUUUUCUAAAUCUAUCUUAUAAGUUUUUAAAAAUUCAAUUUUUUACUAUAGGCAACGUCUAUGAAAGCAACCGAGUUAUUGAUAGUACGGAAUUGAUUCCUUCUACGUCUACCACAACAACAACACAACUAGAGAAAGAUCUUCAGAAUCUGCCUUUGACGGAAGAUAUAUUACCUGUACCCGGUACCAAAGUUACCACUACAGUGCGUACCUACACAUACGAAGUACCAGCUACUGGCACACUCAGCAGAGGCACGCCGUUAACUUCGAGCACACGUUAUAACACAAUUCAACGCAACGAAAUUAACAGCUCUACACUUCAGUCUAGUCCCCAUAUAACACCAGUGGUGCCUCAAACUGUUGUCUAUAAUACGGAAAGCUAUUCCACAAGCAAUAGGUCUAGUGAUCGGCCUGUUACUUCAAAUCAUGUAUACGAAGUACGCGAGAAUCGUGAAAUUAGCACCUUGCAUAAGAACUUGCCAACACAACAACCACGCAGCCCGCAAACAAGUGGUACCAACAAGACUAUUAUCUACAAAGUCAACACAACGGAAAAUACUCAUUCGGGACCAGAGUUCAAUACUUAUCCUCAACACUCUCCGGAUUAUCCGAUACAACAACAUCCACCACAAAGUGGACCGCAUGAUAACUAUCACCCGGGACCGUCAUCCACAAGAUACAUUUAUAAAGAAUCCUCAAAUAUAGUAAAUACUAUCCAUGGUUCUCCAAGUGCUCCCUCAAAUAGCCAUCCAGGCUAUUUACCACCAGCACACCCUCCGCACAAACCUGUGCCAAUAGGUUAUACAUCCAGUGGCAAUGGAUAUCCUCCACACGGACCAACAAAUGCUUCGCAAGUAACAUAUAAAUACACAUCUUCAUCAACAACAAACAAACGCCGAGGGCCAGACAGCCCAUAUGGUUCGCCAUCAACGACCAGUCAGCCAGCACCAUUCCCUGUUGACGGAGUGGAAUAUCCAGUCAAAUCCAGCCCCCCACAGAAAGUUGAUGAUCUUAUGCAGUCUUUCGGACAAGUUGAAUCUGUGGACAAUACAGACCUUUCCACUCCACGAAAAAGGGAAAUUGAAACGGCAGUGGCAGCACCGAGUCAACAUAUUCCUACGGUAAACAAAGCCGGCAAAGAAGUGUAUUAUCCACCAGGACAUGAUAUGAUGAUAACAAAACGUGAAGAAAUGUCUGCGGGAUCAGCAGCAGGGGGGCGUUGGGCCAAAGGAUCUGGAAUGUAUGAAUACGAGUCUGGCUACAAAUCCAAAUCUAAAACUAAACAGGGUGGUGCGAUGGUUCCAAUUUGCUUGCCACUUUGCUGUGCUAUGCCUUGCUCAAUUAUGUAAAUCGAUAAAAAGAAAUAGUUUUUUUUUUAUUAAUUCUCGAAUGUAAAUAUAGAUUUAAUACUAAUAUGGAUUAAUACUCGA